UCUUCAUUUGGCACCUCCGGAUAAGAUCCAGUCCGCUGGUUAUCUAUUUCACUCAUAACAGCUGCUGCUUUCCUCCUCCUUCCUUAGUUCCACAGCCUGUAGCCACACUGAUUCCCUACCCAGUUGUCAAAUUGUUACGCAUUCAAAGCACUGCUCGUCACUUUCCAGAUCAGCUGGGACUACAUCUCCCCGGACUUCUGUUUUGAUCUUCCUUUAAACUCCAGGGCAUCCAGUGGUCACAAACAUAUUCCACGGCAAAGUACAUCCAGAGCUGCAGUCGCACCAAGAAUGUCCACCCCCACAAAAUGUCCUGAUAUUACCUGCUGCUCCUCUUCACAAUCAGAAGGGGAACAAAUAUCUGUCCAAGCAAGGAAGAGAAUAAUAACUAAGAACCUUGUAUCCCAGGGCAUGGAUUCUGCAGAGAAUUUUGAUCCCCCUGUAAUUGCAGUGCUGGGGUCUGGGGGUGGAAUACGUGCCAUGAAUGCUUUUCUGGGUACCCUGUCUAAGCUGUCUGAACUGAAGCUUCUAGAUGUUGUUACAUACGUUUCUGGAACAUCUGGAUCAACAUGGUGUAUGGCAUCAUUAUAUAACAAUGAAAAUUGGUCAGACUUUUCAUGCAUGGAAGAAAUGGAGAGUCAGUUAUAUGAUCGUCUCAAAUCGAAAUGGGACUGGGACAAGUCAUGGGAGAAGUUAGAGAAGGCAUUUUUGGAAGAAGUAUACUCACUGACUGAUUUGUGGGCCUAUGUGGUUGUUUACUGGAUGACUAAUGAAAUACAUGAAAAAAAUCUGUCGAAUCACAAAGUUGGGUGUGAGAAUGGGGUAAACCCAUACCCAGUCUACUCUGCUAUUGAAAAAGAAGAAGGAACUUGGUUUGAGUUUACUCCACACAUGUGUGGAUUUCCUGCAUACAAAUGUUUUGUGAAGACUGAGUUUUUAGGCAGUAAGUUUGAAGCGGGACGUUUAUUGAAGAAACAGCCUGAGAAGGACUUGUCUUAUCUUACUGGCCUGUGGGGCAGCGCGCUUUCAAGCGAUAAUCUCAUUCGUGAAAUUACUGAAAGAUUCUGGGGCAGUGCACCUUCAAACAACUAUCUAUUUCAUGACUUUAUUCAAAAAAUCUUUCACGAUUUGAUGUCCAACAAACCUAUAGGUGAGAAUUGCACCUUCAGACCUUUUGACAAGUCUAGAUUACUGUGGAGUGGCUGCAGUACAUGGAGCACAAAUCAAAGAGAUGUUUUUAAUAAUCAUGCGGAAAGUGUAAUGCAGUAA